GAAAGUGGGGGGUGGUGGGGGGGCAAUACGAGUCAGGUAAUGAGUCUCAAGGCAAAAAUAGAACAAGAGCUAAAUGAGUGCAGGUCACGCCGAUGUGGGCUAGCAAUCGCUGCACUUGAGUCCGCCGGCUGAUUGGAUCAGUCAGGAGCUCUCCGAUUGGCUGCCCGCCACGUCAAUCAAGAGGCUGGCGUCCAAACCGGAGAUGCCGUUUUCGUUCUCAAGCGGACUAUCCGUCGCUUCGGAACCGACGUCGAGUGUGUUCAUGGAUUCCAUCACGUCGUCGUGACUCUUCCACGCCGCCUCUCCGCGAUUGUAAAACCGCCAUCACCAGCAGCACCAGCACCCCCCCCAACAGAACCCCCCCACUCCCCCCCCUACGCCGCAGCGGAAACAUCCCUCGCCGUCACCACCGCGGCUCUCUCCUCCGCAGCGAUGGGCACCGUGCUCUCCAUCUCCCCCGCCACCAAGAAGGCGAUCGACGCCGCCGACGACAAAGGCGACAAGAGCCUUAAGCGGCCCUCCAUGUUCGUGUCGCUGUCGUGGAAGAAGCUCGUGGCCAGCUCGGCUAAGAAAAGCGCCAAGAAGGUGACCCCCAACCCCAACCCGCCGUGCGCUCUGGUGGCCCAGCGCAACAGCGACAACCUCCGGAAGAGCCAUCAAAGCGAGGAGCGCAAGCAGCGAGCCCCCAUCCCGGUGCCGGUCCCCACGGUGCCCACGCAGAACCGCAACGACAAGCCCGCGGCGGCGCCGAAGCAAGGCAGCGGCCCGUCCGCGGUGUCCCCGCGGCGGAUCGUCAUCCAGGCUUCCACCGGGGAGCUGCUGCGCUGCUUGGGGGACUUCGUGUGCCGCCGCUGCUACAAGCUGAAGGAGCUAAACAGCGGCGAGGUGAUCCUGUGGUUCCGCAACAUCGACCGGACUCUGCUGCUGCAAGGCUGGCAGGACCAAGGCUUCAUCACGCCGGCCAACGUGGUCUUCGUCUACCUGCUGUGCGAGGCCACCCUGGACGAGAGUGCGGCCAGCGCGGCCGAGUUGCAGGGCGCCUUCCAGACCUGCUUGUACCUGGCCUACUCCUACAUGGGCAACGAGAUCUCCUACCCGCUCAAGCCCUUCAUGAUCGAGGCCAACAAGGACGUGUUCUGGGAGACCUCGCUGGGCAUCAUCGAGCGGCUCAGCGGCAAAAUGCUGCGGCUCAACUCGGACCCGCACUUUUUCACAGAGGUCUUCCAGGAGCUCAAGAGCCAGCGGGACUGCGGCGAGGCCAACCUGGACCGCUGACGCUCGCGCGGGCCGACGCAAAUACGAAAAGAGGAGAGAGGGGGGGGGGAUCACAGAAGGGCGGCUUUGAAUGUAACGGCCAAUCCGAAAGGCUGCAUCUCGCCAAUGCGGCAUUAGUGUGUGUGUGUAGACAGCAGGAGAAUUAACUACUCAUGCAUGCCAUCGAUGGUGCAUUGUCUCGCCCCCCCCCCCCACGCCGCGCUCUUUUUUUGUUGUUAAAUUAUGAACGCAUCUAAAUGCAAAUUUUAUUCAUAAUCAGACCGCUUUCUGGCGCAGAGUGCUCGAGGACCAGAAUAGAUGAUUGCCGUUAAGCGCACGGGCUGAGCUCUCCAAGGUGCUGACCUCUGCAACCCCCCCCCCCCACCUCUCCGCACACAUUCACUGCUUGAGCAGUGCCUUGAGAUACAAGAUUAAUUUGUUCCGCCAAAACGCCCCUAACGCAAAAUUCUUGCAUCUCAAAUCAUCUUUCUGAAUAAAAACAGCUGUUCCAGCUUCCUGCAAAUAACAACAAAACCAUUUUUUUAAAAACAAUUUUUUGGAUCAAUUCUUUGCAGAUCCACAACUUGACCACAAGGGGCAGCAUGACACAGCUGCAUAGACAAAUGAUGAAAAAUCUUCUCCAAACCACUGCGAGUCACGUGGAUGCUGUCAGUCAUUUUUCGCAGAGGAUAAAGAAUAUGUGCCCUUGUGUAUUGUGAUAUUGUCUAUCUGCGUGUGUUGCUGCUGCAUCAUUGGUGUUCAAAUAUCCGUUCAUUACGGUGUAAUAGCAGUGCGGCCGUCAUUGCCAAGAGUCAGUCUGCGGUGAUUAUUUUCGUGUUAGCAUGAAACAAGCUGAAAGUACGCGAGUUCAGUUCACGGACACCAUACACGUUUCCACUUAAAAGUCAAAGCGAAAACAU